AUGGCACAACCACAGCGGAGAGGGCCGUGGUCACAGAAUGAGGACAAAUAUUUGAUGCACCUGGUAGAAGCGCAGGGACCCCUCAACUGGGUUAAAAUCUCGCAGAUGUUGGGAUCGAGGACGCCCAAGCAAUGCCGGGAACGAUUCCAUCAGAACCUCAAACCAUCCCUUAACCACGAACCCAUUACGGCGGAGGAAGGCUUGCUGAUUGAGACGUUGGUGGGACAGCUGGGCAAGCGAUGGGCUGAGAUUGCUCGGCGACUGCACAACCGGAGCGAUAAUGCCGUCAAGAACUGGUGGAACGGAAGCAUGAAUCGGCGAAGACGUCUUGUGCGCAAAAACAAACCGCCGUUCCACGAUGGCAUCGAAGGCCACUCGCCCUACUCGAGAGUACCGGCGCCCCUGCGACUGCCGCCCGUAGCUGGGCCGCACUUUUCGGCAUAUUCAUCCAUAUCGCCCACAUCGAACCGCUUUCCCGGCCACAGCAGCUGGAAUUUGCACUCUGGACUGCCCUCGCCCUCGACGACGUCUCCCGGUACUGACUCUCUCCGGGAUGGGGCGCCCUCGCUGGUUUCUGACACGGGCUCAUAUUACUCGACGUCACCCACCAUAGGCGGCCAUCCAGACUCUCCACUGGGCUUUAACCUGCCGCCAUUACGUAUCGAUGUCGGCGAUGGCUCGCCACGGCACAACGACUACGCUCACAGCCCCAAGCUUCCGUCGCUGUCAACGUCGACGAGGCCUGAUCCGCGGCCAAGCCAGCUUCGCCUCCCGCCGAUCCGGGAUGCUGUACCCUCCAGAUCCCCCUACAUGACGGCGCCUAAUUCGCCGGUGGGGCUUGCGUUGACAUCGCCGCGGAUGCCGCCUCCUUCUAGAGGCUCAGAUACCUCAGCCGAUAAGGACGCAAGGAUGAAACUGAACAAUCUUUUGUCCUGA